AUGUCUGCAGUUCUACCUCACCACGCAAAGCCCGCCGACCGCAAGGUUGUCUACCUGCUGCCCUUAACCGACUACGGCAGCCCAGACGUGCCGGGCACCUACAUUUACCUGCCCCCACCAUCCAACCCGGCCUACUCGGUCUGCUUCCAAAUCCAGGGUACCAGCUCAAUAUGUCGCGAGGGCAGUCUUUGGGUCAACAUUCCCGCCGAGGGAGAGAAGUUUGAGCGCAGUAACUACCGCGAGUACAAGCUGCAGCCCAACUUCACGGGUCUGUGUGAAAUUGAGAUCCCGAUACACGAAGCCAAUGCCUUCUCCUUCUACACGACGUACACGCCGCUGCCCCAGUGGUCCUUCACGGACGUUGCGUCACCAGAGCCCACACGUACCGAUACAUUCUACAUUGAUGUUUGCCCGAGCCUGGAGCUGCAUGGCGAGCACUUGCCGGUCGAGGCUGUCUGCAUCUUCUCUUGCCUAUCAAAAUUCAUGGGCAGCUACCCCACCGACUGGGACAACCAUCUCCGGGGCAUUAGUCAGCGUGGCUACAACAUGAUACACUUCACGCCACUCAUGAUGCGGGGUGCUUCGAAUUCGCCGUACAGCAUAUACGACCAACUCAAGUUCGACGAAGCCGUCUUCAAGAACGGCGAGGAGGACAUUGGGGACAUGGUCCGUAAGAUGCACGAUGAGUUCAAUUUGCUUGCUAUGACCGAUGUCGUCUGGAACCACACGGCCCACAACAGCAAGUGGCUUGAAGAGCAUCCUGAAUCGGGCUACAAUGUUGAUACGGCACCUCACCUGCGCCCUGCACUCGAACUCGAUACUGCACUGUUGCAAUUCGGCAAGGAGCUCAAAGAGCACGGUCUGCCGACCACCUUUGAUAGUGAGGCAGAUCUCCUCAAGGUUCUGGAAGGCGUAAAGGAGCAUGUUCUCAGCAAACUCAAGCUCUGGCAGUUCUAUGUCGUUGACGUGGAGCGAGACACCAAGGCCAUCAUGCAGGCCUGGAUAUCUGGCCAAGCCAAAUUUGUCGAUGACAGCUUUAGUGAAGCAGGCCUUCGUGGGCUUGAUGCUGUCCGAGACUGGCCGUUGAAGAAAAAGGCUGAUUGGCUGGUUGAGCAUGCGCUGCGUGGCGGUGACCGGAUGGGCGAACGUUACCGUCGUACCAUGGAUCCAAACAUCGGUGCUAGCCUGCUCUGCGCCUUGUUUGGCCGUUACGACACCCGUAAUAGCAAUACACCAGAUGACCGCGCAGCACAAGGCACAAUUACUGCCAUUCUUAAUGAGGUCAACCUUCCAUUCUACCGCGAGUAUGAUGGCGACCAAGCCGAGAUUCUGGAACAGCUCUUCAACCGGAUCAAGUAUGUCCGGAUAGACGCCCACGGGCCCAAGCUCGGAGAAGUCAACGACGCAAACCCGCUCAUUGAGACCUACUUCACACGCCUGCCACUCAAUGAGACCACAAAGAAGCACAACCCCGAGGCCCUCGCUCUGGUGAACAAUGGCUGGGUCUGGGCUGCGGACGCGAUGCGCGACAAUGCUGGUCCCAAGUCGAGGGCAUAUCUCAGGCGAGAGGUCAUUGUCUGGGGUGAUUGCGUCAAGCUUCGGUACGGAAGCGGACCAGAAGACAACCCGUUCCUCUGGGAUCACAUGGCCAAGUACACGCGGCUGAUGGCCAAGUACUUCCAGGGCUUCAGAAUCGACAACUGCCACUCGACACCUCUACACCUUGCUGAAUACAUGCUUGAUCAAGCACGAAGUGUCAACUCCAACAUCAUGGUCUGCGCAGAACUUUUUACAGGCUCCGAAGAGAUGGACUACAAGUUUUGCAUGAAGCUCGGUAUCUGCGCGCUCAUUCGCGAGGCCAUGCAGGCAUGGAGCACCCAAGAGCUGAGCAGACUUGUACACCGUCAUGGCGGUGUUCCCAUUGGCAGCUUUGAAACCGACGAAGUACUCAAUGCUGCACAGGAAACCAAUGGAGCAGGCGAGUCGAAGCCACUCAUCAAGAAGAUCAAGCGCAGUCCUGUGCACGCGCUCUUCAUGGACUGUACACACGACAACGAGACGCCAGCCCAGAAACGAGAUGCCCGCGAUACUCUCCCUAGUGCCGCACUCGUUGCCAUGUGUGACUGCGCGACUGGCAGCGUUUUUGGCUUUGAUGAAGUCUACCCCGAGCUGAUUGAGCUUGUUCACGAGAAGAGGCUUUAUUCUUCGGCCAACUCCACUGGAGAGCCAAUCAAGCCGCAAGCCGGCGAAGGCGGCAUUGGAGGCAUCCGAAAGAUCAUCAAUGAAACCCACGUGAAGAUGGGCAAAGAAGAGUACAACGAGACGUAUAUCCACCACGACAAGGAAUACAUUACUGUUCAUCGUGUCAACCCCCACACAAGGAAGGGCUACUUCUUGAUUGCCCACACGGCAUUCCCAGGCUACAGUGACAGCAAUGGAGGAUUCGGCAAGACCAAUCUUCCAGGUACAAAGGCAAAGCUAAUUGGCGCCUGGAAUCUGGAAGUUGACAACAGCCCGGAAACAAGAGCCAGUGUGAUUGGCGAUAAGACAACACUACGUGGUUUGCCAAGCAAAACAAAUGAUCUCGAGGGCGUUCAGAUCGAGUCGGCUGGCGAUGAUACGACAAUCAGCAUUCCUGACAAGUUUCCUCCAGGCAGUAUCGCUCUCUUCGAAACCUGGGUACCGACUGCCGAGCACGCUGGUGGUCUGGACAAGUUUGUCACUGGCAGAGCGCGUUCAGCUUUCAGUGGGGUCAAUCUAACCGAUCUGAACUACAUCCUGUACAGGUGCGAAGAAGAGGAGCGGGAUGCUACAGACCACAAGGAUGGAACUUACAACGUCCCCGAUCACGGCAAUCUUGUGUACGCUGGUCUGCAAGGAUGGUGGAGCGUACUCCGCGACAUUGUGAACGACAACAAUCUUGGCCACCCUAUUUGCGACCACUUACGCAAAGGCCAGUGGGCCCUCGACUACUGCCUUGGCCGUCUUCAAAAGAUUUCUCAAAAAGAGAACUACGCCAACAUCAAGGGACCUGCCGAAUGGCUGGAGGCCAGAUUCGAUGCUAUUCGCAAAGUCCCUAGCUACAUGCUGCCACGGUACUUCGCCUUGGUUAUCCAGACCGCCUACAAUGCUGCAGUGGAGCGUGCAAUCGAGCUGAUGGGCGAAAACAUCCGAGGGGGCAACCAGUUCCUCAAGAGCUUGGCGCUCGUCAGCUGCCAGGUUACAGGCUACAUGAACAGCGCCUCGCUGUGGCCAGACAAGAGCGUACCCAGUAUGGCUGCUGGUCUUCCUCACUUUGCAUAUGACUGGGCACGAUGCUGGGGUCGUGACAUCACAAUCUCGGCCCGUGGCCUCUACAUGGGCACUGGUAGGUAUGAUGACGCCAAAGAGCACAUCUUUGCUUUCGCCAGUGUCCUCAAGCACGGCAUGGUUCCCAAUCUCCUUGGUGGAGGAAAGAAUCCCCGCUACAACUCCCGCGACUCGGUUUGGUGGUUCCUCCAAAACAUUCAGGACUACACCAAGAUUGUUCCGAACGGCAUGGACAUUCUCCAAGACAAGGUUCGCCGACGAUUCUUCCCGUACGACGACACGUGGUUUGCGCAUACCGAUGAACGUGCGUAUUCCAAGUCAUCGACUAUUGAAGAUGUCAUCCAGGAAGCCCUCCAGCGACAUGCUUCGGGCAUAGAAUUCCGCGAGUACGACGCAGGUCCCAACAUCGACAGUCAGAUGAAGUCGGAGGGCUUUAAUAUCAAGAUCUGGACAGACUGGGAAACGGGCAUAAUCUUCGGUGGAAACCAGUGGAACUGUGGUACAUGGAUGGACAAGAUGGGCGAGAGCGAAAAGGCCGGCAACAAAGGUGUUCCUGGUACGCCUCGAGAUGGCGCUCCUGUCGAGAUUAUUGGCAUGCUUUACAGCACCGUACGCUGGUGUGCCAACAUGUACGCAGCCGGCCAAUUCAAAUACGAGGGAGUGACAUUGGAUGACGGCAAGAAGACGGUUACCUACCAGCAAUGGGCCGAUCUGAUCAAGGCCAACUUUGAGCGGUGCUUCUACGUUCCUCGUUCGGCAGAGGAAGACGGCAGCUACGACGUCAACCCAAAGAUCAUCAAUCGCCGUGGAAUUUACAAGGACUUGUACCGUUCAGGCAAGGAGUAUGAAGACUACCAGCUGAGGCCCAACUUUCCUGUCAUGAUGGUGGUUGCUCCAGAUCUCUGCGACCCUGAACAUGCCUUGUAUGCUCUCCAGAUGGCCGACAGGGUCCUACUUGGUCCUCAGGGUAUGAAGACACUCGACCCGUCUGACUUGAACUACCGGGGCUACUACAUCAACAGCGAGGACUCUACCGACUUUCACACAGCCAAGGGCCGCAACUACCACCAAGGACCUGAGUGGCUCUGGCCUACGGGGUUCUUCCUGCGCGCCCUGCUCAAAUUCGAUCUCCAGCGACGCAAGACGCCCGAAGAGCGCGUUGAGAGCUACCAACAAGUCACACGUCGUCUUGCUGGCUGCAUGAAGGCAAUUCAAGAGUCUCCUUGGGCUGGCCUGACGGAGCUGACGCAAAAGAACGGCGAGUUCUGUGGCGACUCGUGCCCCACUCAGAGUUGGAGUGCUAGCUGCAUUAUCGACUUGUUCCAGGACGCGCGAGAGUAUGAGAUGGCAGGAUCGGAUAAGGCUGGCCAGCAGUCUUCAUCGUAGGCGGAUGCGGUUGGAAGUGCUACGAGCACGUUUCUUCGGUUGAUGUAAGGCGGUUGAGGCGGUUGGAGAGGAAGUGUUUGUGGUAGGGUAAUGGGGUGUUGCAGUUUCCUAGAUAUCCAGUCAAUGACCUAUGAUUUGUCUCCAAUGCUGUUCUGGUACUCCUAGUGGUGUGUGGUAGUAGUGCCUUUGUCUUUACUCACAAUAAGC